GUCCAAAUCUACUGCGUAAAGGCGGAAGCUCGUGUACUUGUUCCUCCUCGCCGUGAUUGUUUAGUCGGAGUAGAUCCUCAUAUUAUUGAGUUGAACAGCCACAUAUGCCACAGUGAAUGUCCAAAUAACAGGACUUCAGUGACUCAAAAGCCCUAUAGCAGAAGAGCCAGGUCCAAACCAAUAAGAAGCGAGGCCGACAAACUGCUUCCUUCCCUCUGGAAGUGAGAUAAUAAUAGGGAGGACGGAAACAAAGAAGUAACGUGGCAAUACCACCUGCGGGGAAAUAGGAAAUUAGGGAUUAGGGCAUGUUUGCCAACCAUCGCGGAGUGCCUGCACGGCGCUCUCAUUGGAGCACAUGGGACAGAUAUGACGACAGAAUCUCUGGAUGCGCUGAGGUUCCAGCUGGCUGGGUACCACCGGCUCAAUCGGGAAUCUCUCUUGAUAGGUGAAGGGCCAACUUUUUCUCAUCACUAACCAACCAUUUCCCGAGUCCCCUCUCCUCAUGCUCGUGGAGUGUUUGAGGGGCUCUCUCGAAAAUGCCGUGCUAUUUAUUUCUCCUCGAAAUACGGUGGAUACAGCUCAUACCGUCAGUUCAGAGCUGCACGCACCGUAUUUGUUUUUAUUACGAUCUGUAUUCGAGGAAACAGGACUUGAAUCAUGUAUGGUACUGUAAAACUGAUCUCUUACCGCCGCAAAACGCUCCACCACAGAUAUCCCCAACGGUUGCAAUUUUCAUGCAGCGAAAGAUGCAAGCAGCAAGCAGCCAUCCAAUCAACCGACUGCUCACACCAUGUGAAGCCACAUCGCAUCGCUGUUCCUCCGCUGCUGGUGAGGGGCUCCGUUGGUGGGGCUCAUGGGGCUUGACAAUGGUUUGAGGGCGCUAGCGCUGUGGCGCAGGAGGGUAGGGGGAAACUCAGCGGUUGCUGAGUUGGAAGGGGCCCAAGAGCUGGCUAAGUGGAGAAAGCUCCAAAACUUCACGGUUGAAAAUUACAUAGUAUGUCGCUUAUGUAUGAAGCUGAAUGGGGGGGGAGACGAGAGAACAGACUCGCAAGGAGCGGAGAGGGGAAGUGAAGAGUGAGGCAAGAUGUACAGCUCAUGUACAGAGAGAGGUAGGCAUAAGCUCCUCCAGGUGUGAACACCAUUUUGAGGCUGAGAGGAACUUCCCGGUCGCAACCACGAUCGCUCCCGCAGAAGGGACCAAAGACGAUUUUUAUGAGCGACACAUGAGCAGCAUGGUCGUUAGUUACUUGCACACACAUUUUGAACCCGAUGGGUGAAGAAUAACCCUAAUAAUAAUCAUAAUAAUAAUCCCAGCUCAUCAGAGCCGCUGCGCUAGCAGGUAGAACCUUGAUACCCCCUGGAUCCCUGCAUGCUUUGUUCUUGAAUGCUGCAUGGAAAGCCCUUGGGGUUGAGAAACCUAAACUUGCCGAGGCGCCAGUGACUCGGGAAAAGUCAGGCUCUCUUGUCAAGUUCUCGGAAUGACAAUAAUAAUGAUUGUCAGCAUGGGGUUCCGCAGUCUGCCAUUUGCGAAUCAAAAUAACCGUAGGAUACUUUUUUGUGAUUGCAUUUAGGAAGCACAACCAAGUCGUUAACUGUAUAAUUAUCAAAUGGUCGAAAGAAUAAUACAUCAUGGUAUUUAGUAGUUACGAAAAAAAGGACGACGAGGACCACUGAGUUCUCUCAUUCAUUAUCAGCAUCGGCCUCCCAAUACCUCGCUACCAUGUUAUCCUGUAGUUAGAGGAUAGUACAAAGGAAGCCUUACGCCGAGCUUUAACGAAACCCGAUCGAAAAUAUGGUGACGAGUGAGAUCGGAAUUGAACAAGGAGGUUUGCUGAUCAAGUGUGUACAGUAAAUAACACUCAAGGUUGGAUGGGGUGCUCUGAUUAUGGACAAAAAUUCAUGGAUAGCGGUGUGCCGGAUAAUAUCGAGUACCCUUCUUGAAGUCAUACAUGCGUAGAGCACGGCACCUGCUGCAUGCUUUCGAAAUAUGAGAUGUAAUUUGACGAAGCAGAGUUUCAUUUACAUCUCCUUUUCGUCGAUUUCGUAUUCGCGUGCCGUGCAGUUCUUGAAAUCAGCAUUAGCCAUCAUUCCCGCAACCUCAACCACAGUAUGGAAUGCACUGUACAUGCUUCCAACUGUUAUGAUCCAGGAGGACGAUCACGAUGCACGCUGCUAGUGAAUGCGCAUAUAUACAUACACGCAAUCUGUCCAUACGAUACAUGCUUUGCAUGCGCCCUUGGCACACAUGUGCAUUGGCCGGGAAAACAAGGGGUGAUCAUUAUUUCCCCUUUUUUUUUGGUGACACAUCUCUUCCGCUUCGUUUCCUUCAGGCUUUUGUGUAGCUCCCGGAACCAUCUUGCGUGUUCCGUCAGCCGAAAAGCCACGUUUGAUCAUGCAUUGACGAGAAAGUGCUCGUUUUGGGCCAAACAAACGUAUAAGGGAAGCAAACGACGUUGAAAACACUCCAUAACUUAUAGAGACCCCCUUGACGAGAAGGGGAAAUGAGAGCAUAAUAGAACGUCUUCCAGCGGUAGUUAUAUGGAUAAUCCUGUUCUUUUCGAGGAUGUCAUCCGUUGGUCCAUCCACCUAUCAAGAUAGGUUGCAGACUUAUCGUCCGAAGGGGGUGACAAAAUGACGACGCUGCUGAGGACGCUAAGUCAGAUACGCCUGGGAUGAUCACCAACAGGCGGAGAAGGGGAUAUGAUGCCUUGAGAGCUCCGGAAUCUUUCACCUAGGAACCUGGCUCCCUACGUACGAGUAGCCACGUAUGCGUCACCGAGCUUCGGUGGCAGUUUCAUAAAUCCUCACAGCAUGGGGAGGCUGAAAAGAUGUCCGAUUUCUGUGCUGAUGCCGCUCUCCAGUGAAGGAGAGAGAAGGGGCGGGGGUGGUUACAAAUGAAGAUAACAGAGUGAAAUCUUUGAUGCCUAUUCCAAGUUGUAAAUUUCACCGCUUCAGAGACCGUACUGAACUUCUCGGGGAAUUUUGAUGUCCUGCAGAUCCGAUGAGGGGCGUCCAUGCGAAAAUAAAGCCGUGCAAAUUUGAAAAGGAAGACGAAAAGUUAAGGAGCGGAGCUGGCGGCAUAGAUGCAUGCAGACACGAAGGUUCUGAAGGUCAAAGGGUUGGGACGGGUUGCCUUACCCGCUGCUGAGCGGAGCUGCCAAAAGCAAAAGAAGUAACCCCCUUGUCGUUGUAUGCGCCAAUAUCAUAGUUCUUUUAUGUGGACCUACACAGCGUACUUCGAGCCUCAAUUUAUUUUCAAGUACAUAUACGUAUGCAGUAGAGAAGCGGGUGCGUCGCUGACAAUCAUAUGGAAAUAAGGCAAACACUAAACGUCUCUGUCAUCGCACGCAGGCAGUAUCUCGUAUCUAGUUAGUUUCUAGGAGUUCGUGCAUAUUCGUGAAAUCGUGGUUGAACC